AUCAGCAACAACAGCAACAACAACCGCAGUUUUUCCAGCAACAGCAACCACCAUUACAGCAACAUUCACCACCACUCCAACAGCAACAGCAACAGCAACAGCAACAACAACAGCAACAACAGCAACAGUUGGGUGAUCCUGAAUCAAUUGCUCUUAACGCGUCUUUACAACAACAACAAUCACAACCCCAACAGAUCCCACUUCAACAACAACAACAACAGAUGCAGCAACAGCCAAUGAUGCAGGGCAUGCCAUCAGGCUCAUACACUAAUGAAUCAAUGUUACAGUCUCAAGCACUUCAAUACCCAUCAUACCAAGACCAACCUAAUAAUAAUGUCAAUGUCAUGGGAAUGGAGGGUUAUGACAGUGGCUAUGCUGGCGGUGUACCUGAUGACCAACUCCUUGCUCAUCAUCAACUUCAACAACAGUAUCAGCAACAUCAACAACAACAUCAGCAUAAUAUCAACAAUGGUAAUAAUAAUGAGAGCAAUGGUCAAUUAGAUGUAUAUCAUCACCAGCAACAGCAACAGCAACAGCAACAACAACAACAGCAACAGCAGCAGCAGCAGCAGCAGCAAGGAAAUACAGUAUAUGAAAACAAUAGUGGACCAUUAACAAGUGGUUCCCUUCAACUUUCAGGAAAUCUUAAUACUAAUAUGGAUGGGAAUAAUAAUAGCGGCAGUGGCAGCAAUAAUAACAGCGGUAAUCUCUCUAUCAACAUGAACAACGGUUCAUCCACAGAACUUUCGACCGAUAUCCGAAAGUUACAAGACGAGAUCCUGAGCUGGAAGAAAUCACAAGAAUCAUCUCAAGCCAAAGUCAAUCAAUUGAGGACAACGUUGACUCAAAAGUCACAAGAGAACCGAGAAUUGCAUCAGUCCCUCACUCAGGUGACACAGGAUCGAUUGAAGCUUCAAGAACUGGUUCAUAAACGGGACAAGGAAAUGGAUGAUCUCCGAUCCAAAUACCUAAAUGAUGUCCGACAGAUUCGAGCGACCGAUGAUGAUCAUUCGACGAUCGAACAACGUGUUCGGAUGCUCCAGGCCGCAAUCCUCCAAUUGACAAAAUCCUCUUCGGGUGAUCGGGCUGUGAACCUGAAUAUGGAGCAGGCUCAACAAUUAGUGAAGAAGAAGUACAAGUUUGGAAACACCCAACCUUAUAUCCUCAACAUGUUUUUGGAAAAGUACAUCAUGGACACAUUAUUGGAAGAAGUCUUUCACGGACCCUUCUACGUCGGCUUUACCCUCGCAAAGGAAUAUGCAGCAAUUCAUAAAUGGAUGGUCGAGAACAACUUUACAGAUCAGGCCGUUCGGUUCCGUCAACAACUUUGCUUCAUGUCUGCAAAAGCACCUGUAGCACAGGCACAUGCUGCUGAAGAGGCCAAACGGAUUGCUAGAGGAUUCGAGACAAAGUUGGAGCGCUUAUAUAAUAACUGGACAGGACAGCAGAAGGUACUUGAUUUGGUAACAAAGGCGAUCGAGCUCAGUUUGACAAUGAGGAGCCAGAAUGCGGAGAUUAUGGCACAGGUGAUUCCGAGUGAGAGCGAAUUUGAUCCAGAAAAGAUGGUUCCAGCUCACAAGAGCAAGGAAGGAGGCAAGGUCAAGGUGUGCGUCAUGCCCUGCUUUAUCGACACCAAUGGCGUAGUUGUUGGCAAAGCCAAGGUCUUUUGUGGUUAGAAAAGAAAAGAAAAAAAAAAUGAAAGGAGGAAGAGGAGGCAAAUCAAACAGACAAAGACGACAUUCAACCAACAAGCAAACAAACAGCUAAAACAUAAUAGCAUUGGCAUGUCUAAAAAAAAAAAAAAAUUUAGUCCGCGUCUAUAAUACCAAGGAGCCUCUUCGAUUUUCCUUUUUCUUUUCUUUUUCUUUUACUCUUUUUCCCAUUUCCGAUGGACAAAGAGACAAAACAGUUACCCCUCCUCUUUCUCUCUCCCCUUCCUAUGCCUUUUCUUGUCAAGGAAAGCCUACCGAUCUCGUUUUUUAUUUUUAUUUUUUUAUCUUUAUCUUUUUAUCUCUUUAUCUAUUAGUAGUAGUAUAACAACAAAGAGACCUUUUUCUUUUCUUUUCUUUCUUUCUUUCUAUUUGCCUCC